CAGCGGCCGCUGUCGCCGCUGCCGCGUCGUCAUCGGUUCGAUUCCUCCCCUCGAAGCAUUUAAUUUAAUUCGAAAGAAAGAAUUGAAUAUAUACAGUACCCGAGUCUCACUCACACACACACAUUAAUCUAUAUUAGGAGGGAGAGAGAUAGAAGCGCCUCGUGAGCGAAGGCUUCGGGGAUUACGGCGGUGCGGACUGCGAUCGGGCGCCGGAGUCCGGGGUUAAAGAUGCGCCGCCCGCGCCCCGCCGGCCUGCACAGAUGUCUCUGAAGCGGACUCGAAGCAGCGGCUCGAUAAACGGGAUAGGAAAGCAAGAUUAUGAAUCAAAAAGAAAAAGAAAGGUAGCAGAAAUCCAACAUGCCUUGAAUAGCUCCCCGGUGGAUGUUGCUGCAUUGCGGAGGAUGGCUAUCAGUGAAGGUGGUCUUCUGACAGAUGAGAUCCGUAGUAAAGUAUGGCCAAAGCUUCUUAAUGUAAACACAGAUGACCUACCCCCAAAACCAGGACCAGAACUACGGGAAAACAAUAAAGACUAUCAACAGGUGCUGCUGGAUGUCCAGCGGUCACUCCGGCGCUUCCCACCUAGAAUGCCAGAUGCGGAGCGGGAGGUGUUGCAAGAACAGCUGAUCGAUAGCAUCCUGGUGGUGCUGAAGAGAAACCCCCAGCUUCACUAUUACCAAGGUUACCAUGACAUUGUUGUCACCUUUCUCCUGGUUGUUGGUGAGCGAAUGGCAACGGCCCUCGUGGAGAAACUUUCCACCCAUCAUCUCAGGGAUUUUAUGGACCCGACCAUGGAUAACACCAAACAUAUUUUGAAUUACCUUAUGCCAAUAAUAGAAAGUGUUAACCCAGAACUUCAUGACUUCAUGCAAAGAGCUGAGGUUGGUACUAUCUUCGCUUUGAGCUGGCUGAUAACUUGGUUUGGUCACGUGCUUUCAGAUUUCCGGCAUGUGGUUCGGUUAUAUGACUUCUUCUUGGCCUGUCAUCCAUUAAUGCCCAUCUAUUUCGCUGCAGUGAUAGUACUGUACCGGGAGCACCAGGUCCUGGAGAGUGAAUGUGACAUGGCUUCUGUCCACCAUCUCCUCUCCCAGAUCCCACAGGACCUGCCUUACGAGACCCUGAUAAGCCGUGCUGGAGACCUAUUCGUCCAAUUUCCUCCGUCCGAACUUUCCAAAGAGGCAAUCCAACAAGAGAACACCGCUGUCUCCACCUUCAAGGACUUUGAGCUGGUGUCUGCUCAGCAGCGCCCGGACGCUGUGCUCCGCCGGCGAUUGCGAGAACAGCCGCAGAGAGAGCGCAGGAGUAACAUAACUGCGGCCAGAACGGGCACCAGGCGACUGAUGAAACUGGCAGUGAUGGGACUGACUGUGGCGCUGGGGGCGGCUGCGUUUGCGGUCGCCAACGGUGCUUUGGAGUGGGCAGCAAAGUUUGAACUGCAACUUUUCCCUUGAGAAAGACCUUUUUAGCCACUUUACAGACCUCCCCCCCAGGACACUCUUGGGGAAGGGAAGGGGCCAUAGGAUUCUUUUUCAUUGUUGCCUUUUUACUUUAUAAUGUCUCAUUGAAGACAGCAAAUGGAUUCACGUACCUACUCAGUUGGGGGUAAGACUGAGCUUAACACUAACGUUUUUGACUGCCUUUUGUGAACGAUUAGCACCAAACGUAACGCUGCAAUAUACUAUAGAAAACCUUUUUGCUUUAGACCUUUUAUUUAAAUUAAAGCUUGAGGCUUCCAGUGCAUCGGAAACUCCCAACACACUGCACAGGACGUAUCUGAAGCCACGGUUGUCUCGAACAACCAAGUGACCAACCUUAGUCACAGGAUCACAAAGGGCCAAUGAGCGUGUGUAGGACGAAUUGGAGCCGGUUAUAGAGCUGCUGUUGGCAAGCCUAGAGUUUGUGUGGUGCAGGGGGAGUAACAAAGAAAUGUGCUACUCUGUUGACUGCAUGCAAACUGAUACCAUCACUCUUAUAACAUUACCUGAUCCAUAUAGGCUAAGCGUUAUUUCUUUUGCAGACUUUUAUGUUUUAUGGUGUUCUUCCUGCUUGCUCAACUAAAAGAUGUGGGGCAGGUGCUGUUAGGACAUCAUUUAUGCAGCACUCCCUUUUUAAAAAAAAAUAUAUAAAGGCGUUUUUUAAUCCAAAAAAAGAGCACAAAUGAAAGUGGAAGAUUGUUUGAAAUUUCUGCACUCCCCAAGUGGAAAUAAGGUCCCAGCACAAAGCUCCCAAUAACCUGUCACUUUGCUGCUGCCCUUGUUUUGGAGUCCAGGGAAGAGAAACAAAUCGCUGGUAUGAAGCUAGAUGUCAGUCAAUUGCAGAAGGCUACAGCGGUAAGCCAGUCCAUUAGUGAGCCCCUGAGUCUCCCCUCCUAUACCUCCCCUCUCCUCUUCUGCCUUUCCUGUGGAACGUGUCUUCCUCUCACUGUUCUAUUGAAUUCCUUAUGCACUAAAAUUACUCUAUUCCUCAAUCACAUGCACAGUGCAAUAACUUUUUUUNGCUUACUCGAAGAUAAAAUUAUUUUAAGUCAAAAAUAUUUCAAAGUAGUUCCUCAAUCACAUGCAUGGUGCAAUACCCUUUUAUUUAGCUUACUCACAGGCAAAAUCAUUUAAGUCACAAAUAUUUAUAAGUACAGAAUGCAAAUUCACCAAAAUCCAAAUUGGAUCUUGUCAGUACCAUUGCCUACCUCUUCACAAAUUGAGUCGCUUGCUAUUUCAUUGCAAUUAGUAAGAUCCAGUCAUCAAACGUACAGUUACCGGCUCAUUGCCAACUGUUUUAAUAAUGAGCCUGGAUGACAGGCAGCUCACUAAUGGCAAUCAAUCAUCUUCUGUUGUACUGUAAUAUAUUGCAGCCUUAAUUGUGGAACAGCAACUGGCUCACUAACCUUUACAACGCUUUGUAGUUGUGUAGCUAGUCCUUGUCAGGCUGUGUUGCUUGCCUUUGGUAUGAAGGAAUUAUGUGUUGAUACUGUACUAUUGGUCUUGGAAAUGCAAUAUACAAAUCUCUGAUGCUGGUGCCUGCUUUUGUCAGUGACUAUCUAUUAGCCAAGUAAAACUGCUAUAAUCCUCA